AGCGGCAGAGCGAUGCUGACGGCGCGGCAGGAUGUCUCUCACCUCUACGUUGUCCUGGUUCCGGACUUUCCGAACUCUCCGAACCUUCCUGGUCGUGCAGCUUCUCUUGGGUCCGGGGUGCCACCUCCACCCGCAGCCCUGCCACCUCCUGGCGCAGAUCGGACACGCAGUGCGCGUCGGUGCGCUCCUGCCGGCGCAACGGGAGGCUCGUCUCCAGGUCCAGGCGGCGCUGAGCCGCACGGCGGCCGCUCUGACCCAGGACCGGAACUGGGACCAGGAUCCGGACCCCGAGCGGGUGAACUUCCUGCCCUACAACCUGAGCGUGGAGCUGGUGUCCCGGCAGCUGGCCGCCGCGGACCCGGAGUCCCUCAUCCGGUGCGCGUGCCAGCGCGUGCUGGAGCGCGGAGUUUCCGCCGCGCUCGCCUUCCCGCAGAGCCGCGAGGAGCUGCUGCAGGUGGAUCUGCUGGCCGCCGCGCUGCGCGUGCCCGUCAUCAGCCUCAUCGAGCACGCGGAGCCGUUGCGCACACAGAACCGAUUCCACCUGCAGAUGGUGACAGGGGUUCCAGAAUCUGUUCUGUCUGAUCUGUUGCUGGCGGUUCUGCGGCGGUCCGGUUGGAGGGAGGGGACGGUGGUUCUGUGCCGAGGCUGGGAGGAGGCGGGUGGCCUCCUGCGGUUCCUGGACUCGCAGACCUCUGGUCCUUGGGACGGAUCGGGCGCAGUCACCUGGCACCUGCAGGAGCUGCUGAACCUGACCCAGUCGGCCCAUGACGACACUCAGAUCCACGACUUCCUGUCCCGACAUUUCAGACGGAACCAGCCCCCGCCUGCGGCGGUGCUGCUGUUCGGAGCGGACCCUGAGUGCGCGGCGGCGGUGCUGCGCAGCGCCCAGGACCUCGGGCUGACUCUACCCCGGGUCCACUGGGUUCUGGGCCAGCCACUCAGUCCCGACGUGCUGCACACCUUUGGCCUGCCGCUCGGCCUGCUGGCCUACGGAGAGGUGGACCGGAAGCCGCUCGACUUCUACAUCAGAGACGCCCUGCAGCUGAUCACCAGAGCUGUCGCCGCGGCGACCGUGGUGAGACCAGACCUGGCUCUGGUCCAGAACACGGUGAGCUGCUACGACACAGCAGAGGCACCAACAGCAGGGCGGUACCUGUCCAGGUUCCUGGCCAACACCUCCUUCUCUGGACUAACGGGUCCAGUUGGCGUUGACCAGAACCGCUCUCUGGUUCUGACUUCGCAGCGGUUCCACAUCUGGAGCCUGUGGCGGGAUGCGCUGGGCCAGCCGGCCUGGGUGACGGUGGGCAGCUGGGAGGACGGCCAGCUACAGGUGGAGGACCAGGAGGUCUGGCGGGGGCCCAAACCCCGGCGUCGGGCUGAGGGGUCGAGCGGAAGGAGUGGGGGCCGCUGGAGGCCCGGGACGCCCGUGGAGGGGAUGCGGGUCCGGGUGGUGACCCUGGUGGAGCAUCCCUUUGUGUUCACGCGGGACGUGGACGAUGAUAGCAGCUGCCCCGCCGGCCAGUUCUGCCUGGACGCCAGCACCAACAGCUCAGAGACUCUGGAGCGCUACUUCCUGGAGGUGGCAGCUGGGAACGGCAGCUCGCUGCCUCUGGAGUACAGGAAGUGUUGCUAUGGUUACUGCAUCGACCUGCUGGAGAAGCUGGCUGAGGACCUGGACUUCCACUUUGACCUCUACAUCGUCGGAGACGGAAAGUACGGAGCGUGGAAGGGCGGUCGUUGGACGGGGCUGGUGGGCGACCUGCUGAGCGGCCUGGCAGACAUGGCCGUCACUUCCUUCAGCAUCAACUCCGCCCGCAGCCGUGUCAUCGAUUUCACCUCGCCCUUCUUCUCCACAAGCCUGGGCAUCCUGGUGCGGAGCAAGGACACGGCGGCCCCCAUCGGAGCCUUCAUGUGGCCCCUGCACUGGUCCAUGUGGGUGGGCAUCUUCCUGGCGCUCCACAUCACAGCGCUCUUCCUCACCCUGUACGAGUGGAAGAGUCCGUUUGGGAUGACGCCUCAUGGUCGCAACAGGGUCAGAGUGUUCUCCUACUCCUCGGCUCUGAAUCUGUGCUACGCCAUCCUGUUUGGGCGAACAGUGUCGUCCAAGACGCCAAAGUGCUGGACCGGCCGCUUCCUGAUGAACCUGUGGGCCAUCUUCUGCCUACUGGUGCUGUCCAGCUACACCGCCAACCUGGCAGCCGUCAUGGUGGGGGAGAAGACCUUUGAGGAGGUCUCUGGGAUCCACGAUGCCAAGCUGCACCAUCCAUCGAAGGGCUUCCGCUUUGGGACGGUGAGAGAGAGCAGCGCUGAAGACUACAUGAAGAAGAGCUUCCCAGAAAUGCACGAGUACAUGCGGCGCUUCAACGAACCGACAACGCCUGAAGGAGUCGCAACCCUAAAGACAGAUCCUCCUCAGCUCGAUGCCUUCAUCAUGGACAAGGCCCUGCUGGACUAUGAAGUUUCCAUUGAUGCCGACUGUAAACUGGCAACGGUUGGGAAACCCUUCGCCAUCGAAGGUUACGGCAUCGGACUCCCCCAGAACUCUCCGCUGAGCUCCAACCUGUCCGAGUUCAUCAGCAGGUACAAAUCCGACGGCUACAUGGACCUGCUGCACGACAAGUGGUACAAGGUGGUUCCCUGUGGGAACCGAGUGUUCGCCGUGACCGAGACUCUGCAGAUGGGCAUCAGUCAUUUCUCUGGACUCUUCGUGUUGCUGUGCGUUGGAGUGGGCGGAGCUCUGCUGACCCUCGCAGGUGAACACGGGUUUUACCGACUCGUCCUGCCGCACAUCCGCCGCCGGCAGAACCUGAAGUACUGGCUGCACACGUCACAGAAGAUCCACCGAGCUCUGAAUCUGACGUACGACGAUGUGAAGAGGCAGCGAGCCGAGAGGGAGAAAAGCUGUAACCUGGAGAAGACCCAGGCAGACCAGGGGCCCCCGAGGCCCUCAGUACCUGCUGCCGCUGCCAGGUGGAACAACGAGUCCAGGAAGGAAACUCCAGCUGCUGCAGAUGCUCCAGACUUCAAGCGAGUUCACUUCAGUCUGGAGACCCUGAACACGCGGCGCCUGCUGGCGCGCCUGGCGGUCACGGAGGCGAAAGGGGGCGGGGUUAGGGCUGACGGGGCGGAGCCUGUGAAGCCAAGGGCGGGGCCAAGCAGCCGGAAGUGUGAGAAUGGGGGACCGGGAGCUUCACUGGCCAGUCUUGUGCUCUCACUGCCCUCCUCUUCCUCUGCGAGGACCAAUGCCCCGCCCCUUCCGGGUGUGACUCCUCCCAUUUCAGUAAAGACCCAACCCCUUCCUGAAAUACCUCUUCCUGAUGCAGCCCCGCCCGUCCCCGAUACGGCACCGCCCCUUCCGGCUGAACUGGCGGCGCUGCAGCAGCAGAUCGAUCAGAUGCGGGAGAACCUGAGGGCCGCGUUGGCUCGCCGGGCGGAGAUCCAGACCUCACUAGCCAAGCCUGUUUCUACGGCAACCACCAGCCCCCCUCCAGUUUCGGUGGCUUCUACAGUGAUCCCGUCCCCCACCUUACCUGCCAUCACCAUGGCAACAAGCCUUUCUCCAAACAGGAAGAGCGUGACGACCAUGACAGCCCCCCCUCACAGGGUGCUGUCCAAAGUCCCGCCCCUCCGCAGCAGGCUGUCCAAUCAGCGGAGGUGAUGCCUUCACGUAACUUCCUGUGAACAGAUGUCUGGACUGAGAAACGAUAGAUUUUAUUUUUACAACCAGAUCAAAUGUGAACGCGGCGUCCAUCCCGUCGUUGCUCAGUGCUGCCCUCUGGUGGUCCACCGCAGCUGCUCACAUUCCCGAAUUUAGGACUUUAUGAAUAUUUUCACUUUGUUCAGACCUGAAGCUGCUGCUGUAGGAACCUUUGUGUAAAUGGGAAUCAGGCAGGAUGAACUGGAGGAGUCGAGGCAUCGGCCCUGAAGAACUCCGCAUUGAAAUUCUUUUUAGAUUUGGUUUGUAAAUGUUUAAAUAUGCAAACAUUUGUUACUGCAGGUCAGAUUUUUAUUGUUCUAUCUUUUAG